UUGAAGCGGAGAAAGUCUACAGCAUCGGGUACCGCACAGCAUCUAACAUAAGUUUUCAGCGGAGUGGCAGCAUGCAAAACACAUUCGACGGACAGGAUGCCUACAUCUCGUAUCUUAUGCAUGAAAUAGUGAAAAACACCGAAUCACCGCUGUCAGAGGCUGAUCAGAAAUCCACUCAACCUGCAGGCAAGGAAGAAGUCACAGUAAAAACAGAAUGUCCUGUCCCAGAAUUCAUUCAAAUUGAUGUCAACCCAAAAUUUCAAUACCACUUUGAGGAUAGCGAUCGUUUUUCUGUUCAAAGGAGAAAUGUUUCCUCUAUAAGCACUGACCCAGGUGGUGAUGAUUUUUCUUUGGACUACAGCUUUUUUGCAACUGGACAAAGUGGCGCUUUCAGUUUAGAUAAUUCUGUGACAUGCACUGAGGAAAGCAGUCUUCAAAACUGUCAUCAAUUUCAACCUUCACUGGUGACUAAUACAUGGAAUUUAAAGACCGGUUUGUUUAUUAAUGCUGGAAAUUGCUCACAAGAAGCUGCAAAUGUAAGGAAAAGAGAACUAAAAAAAUCAAGGAAAAGAAAAUCUGAAAACAGCAAACAAUGCACACAAAUUGUAAAUGAUACUGAAUUAAAGCAAAUUGUUGAAAAUAAUAAGAAAACAUUUUUGUCAAACAAUUUUUAUUUCAAAGAAUUUAUGAAAAUGCCCAAACAGGACAAAACUGUGGAAAGUGGUUGUAUAGUUGAGCCUUUGAAAACAGUGAGAAUAGAAAUCAGAGACGAAGUUUCAUCAGCUGAGUGUGUCAAAAUUGAGGUACAUCCGAAAAAUAAUGAUACAUGUAGUAAUGAUACAUGUAGUAUUGAAGAUAUGAUGACAAACAAGAAUGUAAGAAGCAAUUAUGAAAGUUCAACUGAAAUAGGUACAAUAGACAUUGCUGUUAAAGGGAAUGAUAAGGAACAUUUAUGUUCCACAAGUGGUUCCAAAUCACUUACUGGAACUUGCUCAGACAUUGGUAUCAAAAGCGACCUCAUAAAAGAAAGCCCUAAUCAGGAGUCAUGUUUAUGUGUGCACUGUGCAGAAUUGCUGACAUGUCCGACAGAUCUAGAGCAGCACAUCAGAGACAAACACAAUCUCAAAAACAUAGAGACACCUGAUACUGCAACUACAAAACACAGAGAAGAGGUUGCAUACUACCUUGCUAGUGUUGAACUUGACAAAAAGCUGUUGAAACAGAGAAAGGAGGCCAAAGAAGUUGAGAAUGCAGCUGAAGGUGUCAUUGAUGAGAGCAGCCAACAUCACAUGGGGUCAUUAGAAGAUAAGCAGAAACAGGCAGAGUACAUGUUAAAGCAGAAGGAAGAACAGUUGAAGGCUGUGAGAGAGAGGAAGAAAUUUACAGGCUGGCCAACAAAUUUAAAGGCAGGAAUGAUGAAGUCUGGCAGAAUCAGUAGGACCUGCGUCUCGAAACAGAAACAAGCAGUAUCCAAAUCUUUACCUAGAUCUGUCAGAGGAGGUUGUAGAGGUGCCAUUGUCAAUAGUGCUUCCAGUGCAAACCACUCUUAUGUUGAAUCCAGAGAAGUAUUUGAUAAUAAAGAAUGUGAGAAAAAUGCAGAUCGUUCAUCUGGCAAGUUUGUUGAUGAUGUUAAUGUCCAAGAAACCAGUCUGAAUGCCAUGAAGAAGGCAGUUAUUUGUUUAGAAAGAAUUUCAACACAUUUUGAUGAUGUUACAACUGAGGUAACUCAAAUGGAAUCAGUGAAGAUAUAUAAAUCAGGCUCAAAGGCUAGUAAAAACAAUGAUAGACAAAAUUUAAAUGAUGAAGGUUUUUUGGCGGAUAAAAAAAAAGAAAGUGAGACAGAACAGUUUAUUGAGGAGGCGGACACAAAUAGUACACGUCAGUCCAGGGCGAAAAACAAUUUGUUAAAUCCGAGUAAAGGAAAACAAAAGCGAGUGAUAUCACCUCGAUCUCAGAAGGAUGAACUUCUUAUGAAACAGUUUGGAAUUAUUCCAAGCAAGGUUUUCUUAGACAAAGUGAGUGCUGUACUUAAAAGCACAUGUAGUGGUACAAAUGCGGACUCGGGUGGAGACACAAAAUGUGCAGAAAAAGCUGUAAAUAAUACACAAAAUAAAACUAGAACUGGUCAAGUGCCACUGUCUGUAUCAGACUCUGGUAUAAAUGUGGACUUUAGUGACAGUGGCUCUGAAGAUAAAGAAACUGCUUUGAUUGAUUUUGAUACAAUGUUGGUUUCAGGUACUGGGCAUACAGAGGGUGGAGUUCCUGUUAAGAAGUUAAAAAUGGAUGAAACAACUAUUAACAUCAAUGUUAAAGCUCAAACAAGUGCAUGUAUAUCAAAGAGUAAAAGGUCUCCUACACGUGUUCUUCAAACCAUGGAUGGCAUCAAUAUGCGACAUAAAAACAAAAAUGAAAAUAAUAACUCAAAGCAAACGGAAAAGUUUUUCGAUAAGAAUAUGUCAGUAUCAGUUUCACCUAAAGCUACAAACAAUUCACAUGCAUCAAGACCGAAUUCUCCAAAGAAAGGCAAAAUUGGACCCAGGUCAAAAGCUCAGGAAAGUCUUAAUCUUCCAAGCAUCGAAAGUCUGUCUUCCGAUGAAAUGUCUAAACUUCUUAAUCAGUGUGGUAUGAGCAUAUCAGUUCCUACUUUUCCUCUUAAAAAAAGAGAAGAAACUCCAGAACCAAGCACAUCUAAAGGUCAUGGUCAUAGGAAACGGAAGAGAACUGCCAGAAAAUCAUGUGUUGAUAAUGAAUUAGUGAAGAAAUAUAAUUUGAAGGAAUCCAUUGUUAAGUUAGAAUGCUUGUCGAAAAGUGAGGUUUUAAUGCUUCGUAAUCCUCAUUCAAAGUUUGGGAAAAACACUUCUUGGCUGCAGCAGAAAUUUGACACAGACUCCGAAAGUGAGAUGGAAUGGGAAAUCCCUUCUCCAACAAAGUCAGAAGAUUUUGUUGAAGAUGAAAACAAUUAUGUAAAGCAGGUGAAAACAUCCAAGUCUGAAGACAAACAGAAUGUUGUCCAAACAUUUAAAUGUGAACGUGAUGAAGAAUUAUUAAAAAAGUUUGGCAUUUCUGAUGCAAAAGUUGUUGUUGAAAGUCAAUGUUUGCAGGGGCAGAGUUGUUUUGAAAACAAACCUACUGUCUAUGUUAACAAAAGUGAAAGUGAUUAUGAAUUGUCAAAGAAGUUUGGUAUACCUAAGCUUGUUGUAGUUGCUACUAAGGCUGACGAAGCUUCUGUUACUAUAGAUAUGAAGAGUGAUGAUUUUAAAGAUUUCUUUCAGAAGUCGAUUGAUGCUACUAAAAAGAUGAUAGCGAAACCAAAAACAGAGUUGUCAAGAAACAGUCUAGCAGAAAAUGAAGCUGAAACAAAUGCUACCAAAGAACUCAAUAAUGUUUCAAAAGAAAAAACUCAAACACGAGCUAUUAUUUCAGUGAAAAAGCCAAAACCCAAAUCACAAAGAAAAGAAAACAAGGCUGAAGGUCCCAAGCUAAUCAACAAGGUAUGCAAAACCCCAGCACUUAAAACAAGGGAAAGCACAGGUGAUCAUGUGUUUACAUCCACACCAAAAGUUGUAACAAAAUCAGUAAAACUGAAAAGCAUAGGUGAUCAUAUGUUUACAUCAACACCAAAGGUUGAAACAAAAUCAGUAAAACUGAUGCAAAGAACAAAGACAGUCCCUAUUGUUGCAGCCAACUCAACAGAAAAGCUAGAAAAAGAUCUUCAACGCGUUCGAAUAAGGCUUCCUAUGUUAUCUAAAGAAGAAAUUGAUAGAUACACAAAACAAAUAGCCUUUGGUGAUAAACCCAUUGAGGUGAUGGAGCAGAACAAAUCUGAUGAUAUUAAUGAUACAGUUGAAGAUGAAAUAGUUAAAGAGCAGGAGAAUGGAGAUUCUUAUCAGAAAAGAACAUUAACAAAUCAGGAAAACAAUCUCAGCAAAUUAGAAUCUGAAAAUUCUAGACACACAACCACAGAAUCUCAGGUAAAAUGUGUUGGGUUGAUUGAAAAAUCUUAUGACCGAAACUGUUACUCCAAAGAUUUUCUCAACACAGAUAAUAAACUCGAUGAAGUUGAUGGUUCAUUCAAAGAAGAUACUAUUAUUGAAACUGAAGACACUACUGGUGAAAACCUUGCAGCUUCAGUUGAGGAAAUAGGUACUGAUAAGAUGGAACUGGUAUAUGUCAAAGAUGUUGAAGCAUCAAAAAGUACUCAAAUGCAAGAUCGGAUUAUUGAAGACUCUGCUGAUGUUAAAAUGGAAGUUACUCGUGUUCAAGAUCAAUCUUUGGAAGAAAUUGCUGAAGGAUGUAAUGAUAAUUUGAAUGAUUCAGAGUGUCUAGUGAAGAAUGAAACAAUGUCCACAAAAACUUAUUCAGAGAAAGAAGACAGAUUAUCAUUGUUUAAUCAAAUGGUUAUUGAAAAUAAUGAAAGGGAUUCUGAAACCAAAGAAUCGAGUAUGAAUGAUGAAGAUGAUAUUUUAGAACUAGAUGUCAGUGCUGAUACUGUGUUAAAUGAUGCAAAUGUUGAAAAUGAUAAAGGAGAUUCUGAUAUUAAAUUCGGGACAGCAUUCGAGCUUAAUAUGGAAAAUGCAUGCAUGUAAGUGUCAAAUCAAUACAAAUCAAAACAAGGAUCGCAAAAUGACUUCAAAAUGCGUUAAUAUAUCUGUAUUGAUUUUAAGUAAAGUAAUAAACGAUUAUUCUGUUGAACGUAUGAACCGAACACAGGGAAUCCAAAUAUUAUGUGUUUUUGAAAGAUGCAAUUUGACUGAUGAUAUUAAUAAAAUUAAUGGCAUAAUGUUCUUUUUUUUUUUUUUAAUUUGAAAAUGGUAGAGAAAAUGGUGGCAUUAAUUGACAGUUAAACUGACAGAUUUUUGCGUUGUACUCGCUACUUAAUAAAAAAUGUUUUUGUGUUUUAAAGUACAUGUAGUUUUUAUUGAGAUCUGUUCAUAAUGAUGAUGUUAAUCACUGUUAUUCAAUUGUAAAAAGUUUGUUUUUGCACCUGUGAAAACAAUGAAAAUGUAUUUUAUAGAUAAUGAUUGUUAGUUUGGUACAUUUUGAUAAAAUAAGCACAUGCUAGUAAUAAUGAAUUAUUCUAUUGAUAAGAAUUUUUUUAAAUAUUUGUAAUGAUAAUACAACAUACUCACCUGAAUGAAGGCAUAUUAUAAUCACAUAGUACGUCCUUCUGUGUGUCAGUCUGUCCUGCUUGUAGUAUUAUUGAGAUGUGUUAUGGUCAUUUAAUGAUAGACAAUCAAUGAUUUUGAAGGGAAGUUCACUUCAGGAUUUUUGCCUUUUUGUUAAUGUUCUUGUGGGUAGCAUUAACUCCCUGAAUAUUGAAGGUAUUACAAUCAAAAUUUACAGAAGACAGAGGAAAUGCAGAGUACGAGAACCACUACACUCUAAUCAGUAAUCGGAUCAUAACUUGUGAAAUAUUGAAGCACUUCAAAUAAAACUUCAUGAAAUGGGGCUUAAAUGGGAGGUGGGUGUAUACAGACCAGAACUCUCUCUUAAGGUUAACAGAGUUAUGGUACUUACAUUUGCAUGUGUGGAAAACAACUCUCUUAGUGGUGAAGGUAAUGAAAUAAAACUUCCCACAUUCAAAGAGAGAAUUGAGAUAAAGUGCUAGUUCUAGAAGCACACCUAUUAUUAGUUUUCUCCAGAAAAAUUUGAGUAGCCAGUCAUAUUUUCAAAGUAGCCGGCAACUGAACAAUAGAACGGGUGUAUUUUCGCCAUUUUAAUUGAUAUUUUGUGGAAAAGCAGCCAGCAUCUAGAUUUAAUGUAACAGAUGAAAUCGCCGGCUGCUGGUGCUUGCGGAGAUCACUGCUCUUAUGCUCUUUGCUUAUAUUUAGUAUGGUUUGUUCCUUGUGUGGAGCAAAACUUCGCUGCAGGUUUUGAAGAUAUUCACAUGAAUCUUCAUAAAAUGAUAGAUGGCUGUAAGAGAGAUGGCAAGUACCAAGGUCAUUGGUCUCUCUUCAAUACUUAAUAUUUAAAGAUUUUUCAAUAAUUAAAUAAACAUGUCUGUUUUUACUUACUUUGAAGGUCAAUAUCACUCUAAAUGUCAAAUUUAUACUUCUAGGGUGGUUGCAUUCUCCAAUUUCUGCCACAACAAUUGUUUUUUUAUAUCGUUUUAAUUGUUUUGCAAUUCUAAACAAACGUUAAAAUCAUGCAGAAGCAUUACAAUUAAACGCAUUUUCUAUUUUCAUAUUCAUUAGCUACCUUUUUAUGAAAAUAAUGUAUGUAUAAUGAGUUGUGACAUCAUUUCAUUAUUAUGUACUAGUGCACUUGCCAAUAAAUUUUUGUUAGAGAAUAUGACAAAUAGUAUAUCAUAAAUAUGUUCAUACAUGUAUCAAAACUGUUGUGUUGUGCUUGAUUGUAUUUCUUAAAUAUGUACAUAUAUAUGUAUCAAAGUUGUUGUGUUGUGCUUUUAGUUGAACAUAAAAUUACUAUUAUUGUAUCAAUGCUUUUGUGUAGUUCUAUUUAGAGAUUUUUAUAUUUCAUAAGUUUACUUUCAUGUAAACAAACGUUUGUAUUGUUCUAUUUAGUAGCGCAUUAAAAUGUUUUCCUCCAAUGCAGGGUCCCGCAAUCUUGGGUCCGCCUUCACAAACCCACUCUGAGACUAAGAAUAACAACAGGCCUAAGGUAACCAACCACAUGUAUGUGUGACUUCGGAAAUAUGCUGUGAACCAAUUUUUAUAGGAUAUAUAAAAAUUAAUAGUAAUAGUCUCACACAAACAAUGUGAUUAUUUGAGACUGCACAUACCAAGUUAAGUAUAAUUUACCUUUUGGAUAACAUUACACAAUCCAUCUGCAACAUUUCUGUAUGCCCAGCCGGUGCACUUAUGUUCUUUCUGUCAUGGGUCGCACAAGUGUGUACUUUUGAUAAAUGUGUACAUAUAAGUGAUAACUUAGUUGCGUUUGUCCCUCGUGAAUAAAGUUAUAUGUUACA